AUGAGGCUCACGACCAUCGAAGAGCUCGCAACCGCCAGGAAACUCACGACCGCCAUGGGAGUCACGAUAACCUGGAAGUGCCUCCGUAAGCUCACGGCCGCCAGGAAGCGCACCACCAUCGUCCCGAAGCUCACGACCACCAGGAAGCUCGCGACUAUCAGAAAGCUCACGGCAACCAGCAAGCGCACGACCAUGAAACGACGAACGAUCAGCAGGAAGCGCACGACCAUCAGGACGCUCCAGCAGUGCAUGACCACCACAAAGAUCAGGACCAUCAAUAGGCUCAGUUUUUAUGGCGCACCCUACAAGCAGGAAGCUCGUGACUACACCUCAGGAAGCCCACGACCCUCGCGAAGCUCGAAGCCACCCAAUCGCGGACGGGCAUCCAAUACGCGUUCCGGAGGCAUCCACUGA